AUGGGCAUUUAUUUUGUGUUUAGGUCCAUAGGUGUAUAUUUGGCUUACGUUGCAUAUAAAUUCCUAAGGGCUAAACAUAAUAUUGAAGAAACCAAAAAGAAAAGGAAAUUAAGAUAUUUGGAAAUGUACAAAGAAAAGGAAUAAAAGAAAGGUGAAAUCUAGAAUUAAAAAUAUGGUGAUCGCAAAUUAUGA